CUCCCAUCAUCAUCAUCAACUUCGCACAAUACAGACAAUCAACUGAACUUGGACAAUGGGCAUGACCUGUCAACUCGAAAGGAUCCCUGCACUGUUAGCCUUGUCAUACUGGAACCACUAAACCGAUCCGGGGUCAUCCUGUUUGUUCUCAAUUGCUGUAAGACGGACACACUAAUGUAUGCUCGGCAUCUCGCAUGGGUUACCGAUUCGAGCCAAACAUCCACACUCCUUACUUUAAUUCCAUACCACAUCAUCCACAUAACAGUGUAACUUGCCCGUGGGCCUUGUGCGACCAGCCCCGCCUUGUCCAACAUGGUCUUUUGCGGGAAGCCGAGCAAAGGUUGUGGUGAAUGCCGAUCGCGGAAGAUCCGUUGCGACCAGGCCCGGCCAACAUGCUCCCAGUGUAUCAAGGGAAACCGCGUGUGUCCCGGAUAUAGGGAUGAGUUGUCGUUGAUGUUCCGCGAUGAAAGCCAACAGGUGGUCCGGAAGGCCAAAGCCGGUACCACCGGACGACGGGCUAAAAAGUCCCCUAAAUCCACUCGCAUGCUUUCCCCAAGCGGGAGUAGCCCUCAAGAGACCACCACAUCAUCGUCCCUAACAAGUGACAUAUCGGAUUUCAACGAUCUUUCCGAUCUGUAUCCAUCGCCACCGGCGGCACAGCAAGUCGCCGGUCCCCUGUCUCCGAAAAUCGCUCCUCCUCCAUCAUACCAAUUUACUGAAGAUGAAGCCGUGUGCUUUUUCCUUCGCUUUAACGCGUGGCCCGGAGCCUGUUGGAUAAUGGAAUUUUCACCGGAUUUCUUCGUGAUUCCAGAGGUGACCCUCAGCCAGCAGGCAAUGAAGGCAAGCCUUGUUGCGGUUGGGACUGCCAUGCUUUCGCGUAUCCGACAAGAUGGGCCUCUGAAGAUUGCUGCGGAGAAAGAAUAUGGCAAUGCUCUGAAUUUGAUGUACACCGCUGUGAUGGAUGAAGAGGAGGCAAAGUCUAAUCCAACCCUCGGUGCAGUUCUAUUACUAGCCAUCUUUGAGGUCGUCACGAGUAGAGCCCCGGGAAAUAUUGAGAAAUGGACGAAUCAUAUUUAUGGCGCUGCGGCAUUACUUGAAGUGCGAGGUCCAGAGCAACUACAAGACGAAGAUGGACUGAAGCUGUUUGUUCAGUUAAGAUUUCAGAUCAUCAUUUGCUGCCUUCAAAGAGCGAUGCGGGUCCCCGAUUCCCUGAUUGACUGCUCGAAGGUUGCCAUGUUUCUGCGAACCAGGGUCGAUGUGUAUGGUGACCGUUUGAUUGGCAUCGCGGGCAGACUAUCCAAUUUACGAGCAGAUAUUAACAUGGGGUUAUUAGUUGAUCCGCAUGAGAUGCUAUCUGCCGCUUACGGCAUUGAGGCGGAGCUAAUGGGAUGGAUUGCAGCCCUACCCCCUGAGUUCUUGUACACUAAUGUUGAAAGCCCAACAUUGUCGGAACUUUCGUCCAACAUGUGGGGUCAGGGACCUCAUCCAUACAACAGCAAAUAUCACAUAUACAGCGAUCUCUGGACAUGCCAUACUUUUAACCAAUAUCGCUGUGCCCGAAUCAUUGUGAGCGAAAUCAUCCUAACCUGCCUGCGCCAACUCUCCCUCAAUGUGCCGGCAGCUGCAGUUUCCAGUGACCUUCUAGAGCACUGCACUAGACUGCGCAAUACGACGCGUCAGCUCGCGAACGACAUUUGCGCCAGCGUCCCAUACCAUUUCAGUGUGGGGAACAUCCCGAUGGGUCCCUUCGAUAGUCUCCCCGUGAAUCAGAGCUACGUCGCUGGCUUGCUUCUUCUUUGGCCACUGGUUCUCGCGGGAGCAACAGAGUCGUUGAAUCAUCCUAUGCGUAAAUGGGUGAUUUCCUGCUUUCGGCUCAUCGGCCAUAGCAUGGGCGUAGAUCAAGCCCUGGCUUUGAUUGAGGUCCUAGAGUGUGAAUCGGGAAUUUUCGACGGCGUGGGGGAUGGCGAUGACGGUGUUUUCUUCCGUGAGACUGUUUCACUAGCGACAAAUCGAGUUUUGGUAGGAACGUGGGCUUCCUGAUCACCUUCCCGCUGUUGAUAGCAUUGGACAAACUGCCGAAGGCCUAUUUACGCAUAUAUAUAUUUCAUCUUCUCUUUAUUCGAUUUAUGUUAACGACAAUACCCCAUGUUUAUUCACCUAUGAUGUCGCUUUUCUUUCGGUGUUUUUCUUUACUCCCGGGCUGACUGAUUGCGUUAGAUGCGAUCGUUGGGGAACGGCCAGCCAUAGGGUAUAUACUAGUUUUACCAGCUCCCCAAACAUGCAUGCAUAUGAGUCCUUUUGAGAAAGUAUUGUGUGAAAGUAACGCGGACG